AUGCCCCGCGUCUCACACCACGGCGAACUCCACAAACUAAACCUCCCUAGGAAUUCCACCCUGUUUUCUGCGACACCGGAGACGUACUGGAGCCAUUUCGAGGAGAUCUCCAAGUACAAUGUCCACCUUAAUGUCUUUGAGAGACUGUGGGUAGCCUGGUACGCCUUUAUGCAGAACGAUGUCCUCGCAACUGGCAUUAUGUCGUUUGUGAUGCACGAAGUCGUGUAUUUCGGCCGAGCUCUCCCUUGGAUCCUUAUCGACACUUUGGGUCUCUUCAAAAAGUACAAGAUUCAGGAUAACAAGAUCCCCACCUUGAAGGAACAAUGGGAAUGCGCGAGACUCGUUCUUCUUAGUCACUUUACUGUUGAACUUCCUCAGAUUUGGCUCUUCCAUCCCAUGGCCCAAUACUUCGGUCUCACUACCACGGUUCCCUUCCCUUCUCUCUGGACGAUGGCAUACCAAAUCGCAAUCUUCUUCGUUAUGGAGGAUACAUGGCACUACUUCCUUCAUCGCGCUCUUCACUGGGGUCCUCUUUACAAGGCCAUUCACAAGAUCCACCACCAAUACUCUGCUCCUUUCGGCUUGGCUGCAGAAUACGCUUCUCCAAUUGAAGUCAUGCUUCUCGGAUUCGGAACCGUUGGCUGCCCCAUCUUAUGGUGUGCUUUCACUGGCGACCUCCACAUCUUGACCAUGUACAUUUGGAUCGUCUUGCGCUUGUUCCAGGCUAUUGAUGCUCACAGCGGCUACGAGUUCCCAUGGAGCUUGCACCACUUCCUGCCUUUCUGGGCUGGCGCAGACCACCACGAUGUUCACCACGAGAAGUUCAUUGGCAACUUUGCCAGCAGCUUCCGCUGGUGGGACUUUGUCCUCGACACUGAAUAUACUCCUGAAUCGGUGAAGCGCUGGCGUGAGAAGAAGGCCGAGAAGGUGGCCAAGAAGGCUAACUAG